AUGGCGGAGAGCACUACACGCAGGCUCUUUAAGGACUUUCUGCGCAAUAGUUACAUCAAUGGCUUGCAGCCUUUGAUUCUACAUACACCCGUGCGUUAUGCCAAAGCACUUUGGCUGGCUUUCUUGGCUGUGGUUAUUGUUUGGACACAUAUUGUAAUUGUUAAUCUAACACUUGAGUAUAUAGUGCAGCCCACUGAGAUACAUAUGGCACCCAAUCUGGUGCAUGUGUCAAAUAGUCCGUUUCCAGCAAUCGGAGUUUGCAGCGCUAAUAUGAUAAGCAAACGCUUGAUGCGUGACUAUGCGGAGAAAAUCUUUGCACACCAGUCCACCUUAACCAGCAAUAUCGGCAACAGUAGCGACUCCCCGUCGCCCUUUGCUCUAGAUGUGGACGACAUGGCGCGCCGCCUGCUGGUGCUAACCAACUUUUAUGCAAAUGCCCACGAUGAGCCGCAACUGCAGAGCACUGAACUGGGUCAACUUCAUCGUUUGGUUAGCAGCUACUACAACGGCGUCGAGUACUCAGUUCAUGAUAUAUUGCGAGAACUAUCGCCAGACUGUGGUGAUUUGGUAGUACGCGGAAUUGUCUAUGGAGUGCCCGUCAAUACGAGUCAACUGUUUCUCAAACGUGCCACCUCGGCCAGCGUGUGUUGCAUAUUCAAUUACCGACGUCCCAGCUAUUCGCGUUUGCCGCUGAGACGCAUGCAGGACGAUGAGGAGAUGGCUGCCUUACCCAAAGUUGUCUUUGAAUCCAAUUCCAUACUCAAUGGCAUACAGUUUGUGCUACAGGACACAUUACCGCAGGACUUUACGCAAACAUUUUUUAGUAAUACUGCAUUUCGGCUCUUAAUAUUCCCACAAGAGGACUAUGCGGCCGUACAGUCGAAUGUUCAUGGCGAGAUUCUUGUCGAUCAUGAAACUAUAGUCGAAAUACCUAUACAACCGAAAUUCUUUGACAGCAGCGUAACUGUCCAAGGAGUUUCGCCCAUGAUACGACGUUGCUACUUUGCCAAAGAAGGCAAAAAGCUGCUCAAUCAAUCCUACUACUCGUUGGAUGAGUGCAGGCUGCUCUGUCGCAUUCAGAGCAUGAUGCAACAUUGUGGCUGCGCCUCGACGCCUUUGGCUGGAAGCUCGAUUAACUUUACGCACUGCACGCUGUUGGAUUUGCCUUGUUUGAUGAAAUGGAAGCGCAUUUGGCAUAAUUACAAUGAAUAUGCUUAUGUGGAGGGCAACGAGCAGGUUGAUCAUAAAAAUCCAGAUCAAUGUCCUCACUGUCUGCCCACCUGCAAUGGCGUGUUUUUUGAAAUUGUUAGCAAUGUGGCGCCUUUGCGUAGAACCUACAACUCAUCGGGCUAUUUCCAUGGACUGCUCAAGGGCUUAAAUAAUGAGCGACCUUUAUCUGUCAUUAAGCUGUUCUUCAAGCUACGCUUUGCACAAGCUACGCAAAUGGAUAUGGUGGGCGAUUGGGUGGUGCUGCUGAGUUGAGUGACUAAUACGCUUAUAUUUUUAAA